AUGAAUGGAGUUAAAAAACUCAAGAGUGAGUCAACCGAGUUGCCUGAUUGUGUUAUAUCACAUAUCUUUUCCAUGUUAACUUUGAAGAAUUUAGUGAAAACCAGUGCAUUGUCUAAACAAUGGUAUCACGAAUGGGGAUUACGAAAGGACCUCAAUUUUGAUCACCAUAACAUCCUUGAUUAUAAUAGAAUUCCGAAGUUACCGAAAACCCUUCCACACUUUCAACAGAUCCAAUCUCAAUUUGCGACAAGUUUGGAUAAUUUCAUGCAGAAAUAUUCCGGUGACACGAUCAGUUCAAUCCGAGUAAAAUUUCCAUUAGGUGCCGAUCAUACUUAUGCCAUUGAUGGAUUGAUUCACAAAGCAGUUCUUAAGGGAGCCAAUCGUAUUGAGCUGCUUUUCGCAUAUGAAACUCAUUUAAAAAUAGAGCCAUACAAAUUUUUAUUUCCUUUCUUGCCUGGCCGUAAUUCUCUCACAUAUCUACACCUACAGAACUGCCAUAUAGCCGCAACUAUGGAAUUUUCUGGAUUGGAGAAUUUGAGAACUCUUGUGUGUACUUUAGUUCCUGUGGAGCAGAAUAUGCUUCAGAAUCUGUGUUUUAACUGCAUCCGUCUUGAGAACUUCACUCUUAAUGAAUGUGAGUUCCUAUCUGACUUAGAAAUAACUAGUCCAACAUUGCUUCAUUUGAACAUCGACUGCAGUAGUACCAGUGCCACGAGGACAGAGUCGAGAAAUAUUAAUAUCACUGCAUCAAAUCUCUUAUCCAUUGAAUAUACUUCCAAGGAUAUCUAUUUUUCACACAGAUUGCACAUACUGAGCAUUAACUCUCCUAUGUUAUCCAAGCUUACCUACACUUGUGCUAAACUAUUUAAUCUUGAGUCUUCUAGACUGACAAAUGUUACAACAAUUGUGUUGUAUGGACUCUUUCUAGAUUAUGACAUAGCUCAUUUGUUUUCUAAAUGUCUCCAACUGGAAGAUGUCACCAUUAACCUGUGCCGGUUCACGCGUGAUUUAAAAAUUAUCAGUGCAAAGUUGCGUCGUUUGAGAAUAAUUCAUUGUCACCGUGUGACUUUCCGUUCUUGUAAGAUCGAUAUUCAUGCUUUGAAUCUCUCAUCCUUUGAAUAUAGAGAUUUCAAGAAGAUGAGGAGCAUGAUCUCUAUAGAGGCUCCAAAGUUAUUGAAGGUUUUUUGGGAUGCAGGUUUUAACAUGAUAAAUAUAUAUAACUUUGCUACAAUUGCAAGAUUACCUCACCCUGAGAAUUUAGCAACGCCGAGUCUUCCACAGCCUGAGAAUUUCCCUAUGCAUAUGAGUCUUUCACAGAUAUCUGAGUUAAUAAAGAAAUAUUUGGUUCAAUCUCGAAAACUUGAUGAAUUAGAAUUAUAUAUUGCUGGAGCAUAUAAUCCUAAUAUGGACUACUUUUGGAUUUUGGAUAUUGCAAUGCCUUCUCAACAUCUCCAAAAACUUUCCCUAAUAAUUAGAAAUGGAGAUACGAAAAUAUCACAUAUAAAUGGUUAA